GCGGGCACCGAGUCGCCUGGCAAGACUGCGGGCACCGAGUCGCCUGGCAAGACUGCGGGCACCGAGUCGUCUGGCGGAACUGCGGCGGGCAUCGAGUCAACUGGCGGAAUAGCGGGCACCGAGUCGCCUGGCAAGACUGCGGGCACCGAGUCGACUGGCAAGACUGCGGGCACCGAGUCGUCUGGCAAGACUGCGGGCACCGAGUCAACUGGCGGAACAGCGGGCAUCGAGUCAACUGGCGGAACUGCGGGCACCGAGUCGUCUGGCAUUGGAUCGUCUGGCUCGACAGCGGGCAUCGGGUCACCAGGCAUCAGGUCAUUUGGCUCGCCAGCGGGCACCGCAUCAUCUGGCAAGGCAGUGGGCACCGAGUCAAUUGGCACGACAGCGGGUACCGGAUUAUCUGGAUCAACAGCGGGCAUCGAGUCAACUGGCCUAAUAGGAUCAUCAGGCUGGAUC